UGUGUGCGUGCGAGUGUGUGCUUUAGUUUGUAACUGAGGGAAGAGAGAGAGAGAGAGAAAGAAAGAGAACGAUAUGUGUGCAUAUGAGACCUGUAUGCGUGUGUGUGUGUGUGCAGUAGUCUGUGACUGUGUGAGUGAGUGAGUGACAGAAAACGACUGUGUAUUUGAGUGUCCGAGAGAGAGAGAGAGGGUGAAGAGUGACAGUGUGAGAGAGAGAGAGAGAGAGAGCGACAGCGUUUACAUGUGUGUGCAUUUGUAUGUAUAUUCAUGUGAACACUGCUUGUUUGGCCUUCCGUAGUUUUUCCUGGAAUUCAUCUUUGUUUAUAUCACGGCUGGCCUUUCAUAGUUUUUCCAGGAAUCUCUCUCAAUUUUUCUGAGAAAAACUUUUUGAUUAUCAAAGCUAGCUUCAGUUCAUUCGAGUCAGAAGCUUGCAGACCCAACGCAAUACAAAUUGCAUAUUAUUUCUCACACACAGAAUGUCCAGUUACAAAAGAAGAAAACCAAUAAUGAAGAUCCGAAUGAGAGAUUGGUUGACCAAUUUAUUGGACAAUAAAAGUAUUCCAGGCCUAGAGUGGAUGGACAAGAGUAAACAAAUAUUCCGGAUUCCUUGGAAGCACGGAUCUCGUCAGACCUGGAAAGUAGACGAUGCUGAUCUGUUUGUGAAGUGGGCAGAACACGGAGGCAAAUAUAACCAAACACUAGGAAACCCAAACACAAAACGCUACAAAGCCACUUUUCGAUGUGCGCUAAACAGUUUACCCGAUUGCGAAGAACUGAAAAAAGACAGUAGAAAAAGUGGUUUAAAUGCUUUCAAAGUUUACCAAUUUAAAGACGAGCACAAACGAAAACGCUCCAAACACCAAGAACAUUCUGAUGAAGAUUCUUUAAAGAGUUUUUCAGAGUCCAGUGACAUGAGUUCACCAAAAAGAGAAAGUUUCACAUCAAGCGAUGAAGAAUGUCAUCUUGUAUCACAAUUUCAUGAUCAACAAAGUGGCGGCGUUUGCUACAGAACAUACGAAAUUCCACAACUUAAAACAGAAGAUGGAAGUGCCCAACAGAUUUUCAACACAAUGAUGGGAUAUCAAGUGCUGCAGCCCGGAUACUUCCACCCUCUCUUCUGUAAUGAAGAAAUUGAGAACCACAAUUUACUGGACUAUACUGAUAUUGGGAAUUUUACACUUCUCAGAUAAAGGAUUGUCUCCUAUGUAUAUAAACUAUCAAAUGACUUUUGAACUUGUAAAUUCAUAUCAUUUUUUCUGCUCUUUCUCCUCCAUCUCCUCUUUUGUAUUGUCUGAAAUAAUUAAAAAAAAAAAAAAACUUGUUGAUCCUUGGUUGGAAUUGA